GCCUUCACAGUAAUCUUUACAAAAUGGCGACUGUUGUUGUUUUGCCGCAGGGUCAGUGAAUAAAUCCGUUUUUCGUUUCAAUAAUUUCCUGCACUAAUUUGCAGAAACAACAAUAAAAAAAAGCCCAGGCGUCCCGACGGUCGGCUCCGUGUGGACUGAGAUGAAAGGUAAAGAGCGGUCGCCGAUUAAAAAACGCUCUCGGGCCUUGGACGAUAUACGAGACAGGGGAGGAUGCCAUCCGACCAGCAAGAAAAUGGGGGCUCUCUCUGUUUCCAGUGGAAGUAAUAAUGGAAAUAGCUCGACCAAAGGCGACGGUGGCUCGACGAGAAGGAGUCUGCUCGGUGAAAAAAGAGACAGAGAUUUCGACGGUCAUAGUCGGACUGGAAAUAAUCACAGUUGUCAGUCUGCUGCCGCUAGCACACUCGGUAAAAACCACAACUUGAGCCUGACGCUGGAUUUAGCCUCACCGAGGUCCGCUUCACGGGGGGAGCAGCGGGUGCAGCCGCCCAGCACCGAGAGUGAGUACAAAACCCUCAAAAUAAGCGACCUCGGCACCCAGCUGAGUGACGAAGACAUAGAGGAUGGACUCUUUCAUGAAUUUAAAAAAUUUGGAGAUGUGAGCGUUAAGAUAAGCCGUAGCAACGACGAGCGGAUAGCGUUUGUGAAUUUCAGGAAGCCAGAGGACGCCAGAGCUGCUAAGCACGCCAGGGGACGGCUAGUGCUGUACGACCGACCGCUGAAAAUUGAGGCAGUGUACAUUAACAGGAGGAGAAGCCGCUCCCCUGUGGAGAGAGACUUGUACGGUGCAACUCAAAGCCAUAGACAUUUGCAGAGACCCCUCUCGCCCACUGGGCUUGGAUACAGAGACUACCGGCUACAGCAGCUGGCCUUAGGUCGGCUUCCCCCUCCCCCGCCGCCCCCUUUGCCCAGAGAACUGGAGCGGGACAGGGAGUUUGCCCUGUUUGAAGCCAGGGCACGCCCAGCUUUCAUUGCUGAGCGAGCAGCUUUUCGUGAGGAGGAUUUUAUAUCUCCAGAAGAUGACCAAAGAGCCAAUAGGACAUUGUUUUUAGGCAAUCUGGACAUAACUGUGACAGAAGCAGACCUGAGGAGAGUUUUUGACAGGUUUGGGGUCAUAACAGAAGUGGACAUUAAAAGACCCACACGGGGACAGACCAGCACAUAUGGAUUUCUGAAAUUUGAGAAUCUUGACAUGGCUCACCGUGCAAAGCUUAGUAUGUCUGGCAAAAUAGUAGGCCACAAUGCCAUAAAGAUAGGCUAUGGGAAAGCAACUCCCAGCACACGCCUCUGGGUGGGUGGACUUGGACCCUGGGUUCCUGUGGCUGCCCUGGCAAGAGAGUUUGAUCGCUUUGGCACUAUAAGGAGCAUUGACUACAGAAAAGGGGACACUUGGGCCUACAUUCAGUAUGAAAGUUUGGACGCUGCACAAGCAGCAUGCACACACAUGAGGGGCUUCCCACUGGGUGGACCAGAGAGAAGACUUCGAGUGGACUUUGCUGAUAAUGAGCAUCGUUACCAGCAGCAGUUCCUGCAGCCUCUCCCAAUACCACCGUUUGACAUGGUGGCUGAGUCAUUUGUCCACCGUGCCACACCUGAACCUCUGAGGGUCAGGGAACGGACUCCACCGUCGCUUCACUUCAGGGAGCGAGAGCUCUUUCCUGGAACUGAGUGGCCCAACCCAGCUAUUCGUGAUCGGGUACGUGCCUCACCCUUUGAGCCUCUGGAGCACUUGGAACGUGAGCGGCGGGCACAAGAGCCAUGGUCUCUGGAACGAGAGCUGCAGGGACGAGAACCUGCACGCAAGCGGCGUGUAAUGGAGGACGGACGACAUAUAGACCACUCCCCUGACAGCACUGAGAGGACAGUAAGGCGUAGACGUGCUUCUCCAGAUGGCAGUCCUGGAGGUAGCAGCAGAGAUGGCGGGCGCUUCAGUGACUCAGAGCGUCCUCUGCGAGGCGAGAGGCCCUCCCCUGCACAAGAACGUCACAGCAGCCUGGAAAAAGGUGGGCCUGAACGAAGACUCAAAAGCCAGAGUCUCUCUGACAAGGGACCUUCAAGCAGCGGAGUUUCAGCAGUUGGAGAGCGUAAGCGCAAAGCAGGCGAUGGUGGGAAGGGACCAGCCAAGAGAGAACGUUCUGAGAGCAGUUUCAAAGGGUGCCAGCCAUCUAAACCAGAUGGCACUAAACUCAGUUUGGCCUGGCAUGGUAUGCUGCUGCUCAAGAACAGCAACUUCCCUGCCAACAUGCACCUGCUGGAGGGCGAUCACAGCGUAGCCAGCGACCUGCUUGUUGAGGGCACAACAGGGAGGCAGGUGAGCGAGCUAAAGAUCACCCAGCGUCUCCGUCUGGACCAGCCCAAGCUUGACGAGGUGUCCCGGCGCAUCAAGGUGGCGGGUCCCGGUGGCUACGCCAUCCUGCUGGCAGUUCCUGGGACCACAGAGGAUUCAUCUUCAUCUGACCCUGCAGCCUCAACUCAGCGGCCGCUUCGCAACCUGGUGUCCUACCUCAACCAAAAACAAGCAGCUGGAGUCAUCAGCCUGCCUGUGGGAGGGAGCCGAGAUAAAGACAACACAGGGGUUCUUCAUGCUUUCCCUCCCUGUGAUUUCUCCCAGCAGUUCCUGGAUUCCUCUGCCAAAGCUCUGGCUAAAAGUGAAGAGGACUAUCUGGUCAUGAUUGUGGUUCGUGGAGCAUCUUAAAAAAAAAAAAAUCAGAACACUAAGUUCGAGUGGUGUAAAAAAAAAAAAAAAAACCUGCUGUGUCACUAACUAUUGCAUGCUUGUGUGUUCUGCAUCAUGGGGUACACUAGUAUGGUUCUUGAGUGUUUGUAUGUUGCCAUGUAAUUCACUAAAAGGACAGACCCUCCUACAUAACUAAAAGGAUGUGUGUUUUUGCUCACAAUCAUAAACCUGCAGUAAUUCAGUCAGAAUACAGUAAAACAGUAAAAUAUGCGGAGCAUUCGUUGAAUCAUUUUAAGUUUUAUUUAACAAAAGAUAAGUCAUUCAGGUUUAAAAUUUUAGCUCUAGUAUUUAGAAAUGCAUUGAAUAGAUACAAUAACACCUCCAUUACAAUUAAACCACAAACAAUGGCCUUUCAAGCCACACCUCCCUGGCAGUGUUAACAAAAGCUAACAAAUUACCAUCUUAACAAAAGUCAUGUUUGUUUCUGGCCUAUUAUACUGUAUUACCUUAGAUUGUACAGGUGUUAUUGUGUCUACCUCCUAUGCUGGCAUUGACAUGAGGAGAAUCAGAAACUGUAAACACUUUUUGAUCGAUGGAGAUGAAGAUGAGCAUGACAUUUUUGAAUUGAAGGUUUUUCAGUAAGGUUGCAGUGAAUAAUUUGGUACUGCAGUUACAAAGCUAAUGAUGAGUAGGAACAUUUGAAAGGUCAAUACACGUCACACAACUCUCUCCAGUACACCACACUUCAUUCACCAGAUGUUUUCGUUUAUCUUGCCUUCAUCCUGGUCACAACAUGAAAUCUUUUUCCGUUUGGUGAAUGAGUGUGGUGUACUGAAGAAAAGUUACACAAUGUGAUUUAGUUUUGAUGGACUGGACUCACACUGGCCUGGCUGUGUGUGCUUUUAAAGAUGGAAAACAUUUUUAGGAUAAUUAGUUAAAGCGUCUCUAGAUAAAGCUUGUUCAUGUUGUGAAUUCUGUUUUAAAAUUAUGUUCAGGUUCAUGGUUUGGAUUUGAGAGUAUCUUUUGUUAAUGUAUUCCGCAAUAUUAGUACACCAAAUUGCAAGAUAGACCACGAUAGACAGUGCAUGUCCACUGGUAAAACUAUACUGUAAUGUCAACUCUAUGUGGAAUGCUAACAGAUGUGAGAUUUUUGCCCAGGGAACAGCCCAUAACACAAUGUGCAUAGCAUAGUAAAGUAAACGCUAACAUGUUUUUCAUAUUUUACUUCAUAUUUUAUUUUAUGCAUCCCUACCUUAGAAAUGGUUGUGUAAUGUGAUCUAUGAAAAAUUACAGUAGUAAUGGAUAAAAACGCUUAGAGAGUUUUGUGUUGUUUCAUUUAUUGCUCUGAAACCAGUAGGUCCUCCAAGAAUAAUAAUAUUCAGUAUCAGUAAAAUGUUGUUACAAAGUAACAAAAACCUGCUAUUUUUUCAGCACGUAGGUCUGUGUAAGUUUAAAGUUUUAGAAAUACUUUUAACAAUUCAUGUCUGAAUUUAAAAUUUAGAGGUAUACAUCUAAUAAUAUUUUACUCAUGCCUGCCAACAAGUUCCCAAGGCCUACUUACCAUAUUUUGUUUUGCCGUUGUAUGUUUGUCAUGCAAUAGCGAUCCACCCUGAAUUAUUUGCUUAUUUGUUUGGUUUAAAAUGUAUUGAAAAAAUGAAUACGUCAAAAAAAAUGUUAUGUGUGAACGUCAAACCCACUUCAACUUUGGACUCAUGAGGAAACGAGGGCAGAGCUGAAAGCCUCUGCAGAGAUGUUUGUGAGUCCUCACUAAUGAGGCAACUUUUAAGUUGUGUAUCCCAUCUGCACCUGUGAUGACUUCUGUUUUAAAUGGAAAAUUGAGCAAUGUACACUUUGAUGUCAUGGGAAAGGAAAAUCCAUAGAACCCAUGCGAAGCUGUUCACAUACCUGCAAGUGCGUUUGGGCACUUAAUGUGACCGAUUAUCAAUAAAUUGUUCAUUUUAAGGGAAA